CGGUUUCUUUUGCCGAAUGAAUCACUUCCGAAUCACCAAUGAACGACAUCAGAAUACGCUUUUCAAAUACGUUAUUAUAUCAAAAUCUAUAGUACAAAAUUCAAAUUAGAAACUGGUACAGGGCGCACGCCUCACUACAAAGGCGUAAUCAGAAACAGUACGAAUUCCUUACGCAAAACGCUUAUGCGACAAAUUCGAACGGACUGACUUGUCACCCAAUGCGGGUUAUGUCAAUACGAUUGUUUAUCACAUUUUUAAUGUAAUGACAAUAGUAAUGAAACUCUAUUCGAUAUUAUUUUACAUACGCUGGGACACGCGAACUGAAAACAACGUGCGAAAUACCAAUUUGAAACUAUUUCUCGCACAUACACAUAUUUAAGUACUAUAACCCCAGAAAUUUCCCGGACAACAUUCUAUCCGAAUAAACGAAAAAGAUCUCUAGUUGGUUAAAAGUAGUAAAAUGAUUCCCAUGUCCAGGUUAGAAAUAAAUGUUAGAAGACUUUUAACACGUUGUGAAUUUAUGGCUAAAGAUGAUCAGCAAACCGACUGGAGACUUGAAAAGUUCAUACUGGCACUCGAUGAUUUAGUAAAUGAACUGCAAACAAUGCCAAACAAGCCAUCUAAAGACACUAUUACUGAAUAUAAUAGGCGAGUUGAAUUUUUAAAAGGUGUUGUUGGUACUGCAAAAUUAUCAAACCCCGUGGAAAGGGUAGCCGCAGUUCAAAUGUUGUCCAAGACUCCGGUAUCUAGUAUAGAUACAGUGCGGCCCAAUAUUGCAACACAAAUACAUCAAAAAACAACUGCUAAAUAUACCAAGCAACUACGAGAUGAGUUGUUUAAUAAUGAUAAAGGAUUGUCUGAUGAUGGUCUGAGGCAAAGGUUCUCCAACACCAAUGCUCACGAUGAGAACUUAGAUGCAAUUUUAAAGUACAACCGCAACAUACAAGAGAAAAUAGCUGAGAAUAUGCUUUCAAUGAUUGGUAACAUGAAAGAGCAUGCUCUCACUGCCAGGACUGUAAUCAAAAACGAUAUCGCCUCUUUAGACAAAUCGGAGAAAUUGACAGACAUCAACACAGAUAAGUUGAAAAAGGAAUCUGUUAAAUUAGAAGAACAUACAAAAUCGAAUUGGAGGUGCUGGGUAUGGGUGAUGGUUGCGUUUGUACUUGUCGUAUUUUUCAGUAAGUACACGAUAAUGGUCCGUGCUUCUGAUAAAUAUGUAGUACUUCUGUUUCUGAUACCUACUUAUUGUUGUUUCCAGAUAUGGUGCUUUUUAUGAAAAUUUCAAAGAAGAAAUAAUACACAUUCUGAACGUUAUUUAUUCCCAAUAUUAUCGGGUCGUUAAUGGUCCGUGAGAACUCGCAGUGAUACUCUGCUUGUAUUCAGAGAUGUUGAAUUUCUUGCGUACCUAUAUUUAUAUUUGUAAAUAAAUAAAAAAUAUUAAUG